AUGUCGGCAUAUAAUCUUGUCAUGUGUGAGCAGCCCAACAAGGCCUGGGCUCUUGUGAAUAUUCUUUUGGGUGUCCUUUUUACACUUGUUCUUCUGCUCCAUUCCAGAGCACCAAAUAUUAUUGUGGAGGCCAUUUCAGGCUGGCUUUCUGCAUCAAUUCAUUUAAGCGAAGAAACCUCAGCAAGUUUAAUAUCACGCUGGACUUUUUCAUGGGCAGGCUCUGUUAUUUGGAAAGCCUUUAGAGCUCAUCUGAGUACCUCUGACCUAUACGAGCUUAACUGGGAUGACAAAGCCAGAAUCACAAGUCGGCUGUUCAGCAAAGCCACGCCUGUAACACUGAAACUUGUUUGGAGACUCUAUCACUUUACAAAACAUGACUUGUUUAAUCAGGGUGCGUGGGCGGUUCUCUUUAGCUUAACCAGCUUCUGCCCGGCGUUUCUCCUUCGAUACAUUCUUGACUACCUUGAUUCGCCAAGCACCAUGUCCCAAAACAAUGCCUGGCUUUGUGUUGGGGGCCUUCUGGUUGCUGGAAUCGUGAAGGGUAUUGCAGAUUGCCAGUGUGAAUCGCUGGGUCGCAAAAUCAGUGUAAGACUGCGGGCUAUCAUGAUCGACCAGAUAUUUUCGAAAGUACUCAAAAAAGGGAUCUCAAGGCCUACAAAAUCAUCACCAGAGGAAGGAAAUUCCUCUGGCGACAUUCAUGCUACCGAUGGAACAAUUCUCAAUUUAAUGGCCGUAGAUGCGGCUAAUGUUAGUGAAGUUAGUGCACACAUGCACCUCACAUGGGUCAAUUUCCCUCUCCAGGUUUUGGUCGCAUCUCUAUCGCUGUAUAGCAUACUAGGUUCUAGUGGCAUUCUUGGCGUGAUGCUAAUGAUUGCUCUUCUGCCACUAAAUGUUUUGGUCUCAAAACGCCAGGUAGCAGCGCAAAUGAAAGUGUUGAGCGCAGCCGAUGCUCGUGUUCAAGCAAGCAACGAACUCAUUACCAACAUCCGCGUCAUCAAACUCUGCGCUUGGGAAGAGGAAUUUCGGAGAAAAAUUCGCCUAUUGCGAACGGCUGAGCUCUCGGAGCUGCGGGUUCGUUUUUUCUGGUGGUCGAUAUCCAUGACUGUAUUCUAUUCCUUGCCUUUCAUCACUACAAUUCUAACGUUGUUCAUCUAUACGAUUGUCGAAAAACAAAAGUUAGAAACCAAAGUCGCCUUCCCUGCUCUAGCCAUCUUCGCAGUCUUACGCAUUCCAUUAGAUAGAAUGUCGUCCAUGAUAUCAUUCCUUCUUCAGGCACAGGUCUCCAUCAGCCGGAUUGAGAAGUUCUUGAAAGAGAAAGAGACCAGCCGAGAAGAACAGUUAAUGGGAAGUGAUGCGCGAAUGAUUGGCUUCGAUAAUGCUACACUUGAAUGGUCAGUCCAGGACGUUGUGGGUAUCGGUGCCGGAGAAGACAUUCAACCCGCUGAAAAUCCGCCUACGCAGGAAUUUCGUUUAUCAAAUCUUGAAAUAAAAUUUCACAAGAAUGGCCUCAAUCUAGUUUGCGGCCCCAGUGGAUCAGGAAAGUCGUCACUGCUGCUAGCGCUGUUGGGGGAGAUGGAACUCCUGCGAGGCCGUGUACAUCUACCACUUGCAGAGCAGCCGAUUGGCGAUGAUACUUCAAUCAGCGAUGCAGCAUACUGUCCACAAGAGCCCUGGAUAAUGAACCAGACUAUUCGAGCUAAUAUUUUUUUGGGCUGCACUUCCAAAGUCACCGUUACAAGAUGCCGCGACAUCGCAGUAUUUGAGAACGGCGGUCUUGCCAUUGCGGGUGAGCGCGGUAGUCGCUUGUCUGGUGGUCAGAAACAAAGAGUUGCAUUAGCAAGAGCAUUGUACAGUCACGCUCAAUUCCUUCUUUUGGAUGAUUGUCUUAGUGCACUAGACUCGCGUACUGGAAGACAUAUACUUUUUCACGCAAUUAAAGGUCCCUUGAUGGAAGGCAGAACAUGUAUUCUUGCGACACAUCAUUCUCAGCUUGUUCUCCCUCAUUGCGACUAUGCGGUCUUCCUGGAGAAUGGCAUAGUAAAGCGGCAAGGAACUGCUUCAGAGCUUAUGCAAUCAGGUAUCACUGGGGAGAACACGCCGGCUACAAAUGCGAAAGACGGGUUCAGGCCGAUAGACUUUACACAUCACCCACAAAUGGUUGCAUCUCCUUUACUUUCGCCCGGAGCUUCUGUAACAGAACCGCCAGACAGCUGGAUUGGAAAUAUAAAUGCAGUCUCGGAGACUAAAGAUGAAUCGAUAUACUGCGAAGAUCAGAUGAGAGGAGCUGUUUCUCUGUCUGUGAUAAGAGUCUACCUCAGAUCUAUGGGGGGGUGGUGGUUUUGGGCAGUUGUGUUCUUUGCAUUUGCCCUUCAGCAAAUUACAUCUCUCGGAACAAACCUCUGGAUCAAGGUAUGGGCUCAUGAGUUCGAUGAGGCAGAGGAAACGCCACCAACGUCUCAUGUGAAAUCUGUUUACUACCUUGCAGUGUAUGGUCUCAUCUGCUUGGCAUACAUACUUGUCUCAUUUAUUCGCGAUCUCACGACAUUCUCUGGAGCACUCAAAGCCUCAGCUCAAAUACUCGACCGCUUACUAGACUCAAUUAUUCAUGCGCCCCUGAUAUUCUUCGACAAGGUUCCGUUUGGUCAAAUCACGAAUCGUUUCUCCAGAGAUGUGGAAGCAGUUGACCAAGAAGUGGCUCCUCACUCAAUGAGCACAUUUUAUACAUUCUGUUCGCUGAGCACAGUUAUUAUACUGAUUUCUAUCACGAUACCUUUAUUUAUUCCCGCAGCAGUCAUAAUUUGCUUGGCCUAUUAUACCAUCACUGUUAUAUACAUCAAUAGUGCACGGGACCUGAAAAGGAUUGAGUCUGUUCAAAGAUCUCCACUGUAUCAGCACUUUGGAGAGGCACUUGCGGGAUAUGUCAGCGUGCGUGCGUAUGGACACGCAAAUCGAUUUACAGAAGAAAAUCACGUCUUCAUCGACGGAUACAAUCAACCUUACAUUCUGAAUUGGGCGGCUAAAGAAUGGCUGACAUUACGCAUCGCUUCUCUGAGCGCUCUAAUUUCUUGGCUGACGGGAACUUUCUUGCUUCGGGGCCUUGUAUUCACUUACACUGCCACUUUCAGCGAUAACGUGCUUUGGUUUGUCCAGUUAUAUGCGAUAGUUCAGCAGAGCUUUAACUCAGUUGAGCGGAUUAUGGACUACACAGAGAUCAAGCGUGAGCCAAGUGAACCACUCGAGCCAUCGGCCUACGACCUUUCAACACAGUGGCCUAUCCACGGCCAUGUGCGUUUCCAAGGAUAUACUGCACGGUAUGCUCCGGAGCUCAGUCCAGCUCUGUUUGAUUUAAAUCUUGAUAUUCAUGCUGGACAACGAGUAGCGGUAGUCGGGCUGGAACCUGACGCCGGCCGCAUCACUAUUGACGGCAUAAGCAUUGCCUCAGUACACUUGGUGCGUUUACGACGGGCAGUAACUGUGGUACCACAAGAUCCUACUCUUUUUGGGGGCAGCUUGCGCCAUAGCCUGGAUCCGUUGAACCAUUAUUCUGACGAUGAUCUUCAUGAUGUGCUACGAAGAUUACAGUUCUUCCAAUCUCUACCCUCUGGAGAUCUAGACCAUCCGGCUGCGGCCUUAUCAAUGGGUCAACGCCAAUUGGUUUGCAUCGCGCGGGCACUACUCCGUCGCUCUCGGAUCCUCAUUCUCGAUGAAGCCACGGCAUCCAUUGAUCAUGCCACGGAUGCUUUAAUCCAGGCAGGGCUGCGAUCUAGUAUUGCGGAUGGAAUAACCGUUUUAACCAUCGCCCAUCGCCUCCUCACUAUUGCAGAUUAUGAUCGUGUGAUGGUCUUGGAUUCUGGUCGGAUUGUAGAACAGGGAUCCGUCGCUGAGCUUUUCCAAAAGCGAGGCGAUGGUGCCUUCUUUCGGCAACUGUGCGAGCAAUCAGGGGAUUUGGCUCACAUAGAGCGAAUUGUACGGGGCUUAUGA